AAUUCAAUAUGGAAUUUUGAUUGAUAAAAAAAAAACGACAAAUAAUAUUUAUAUUUUUGCUUAAUUGCGAAAAUUAAUUCUUUUGCGUAUUUAAUUAGAUCGAAAGAGUGAUUGUGAUUGUUUGGGUUAGUUUAAGGGGCUCGAAAAAACAAAUAAGCAGACUAAUGAGUGGCGCAAGUUCCUCAGACACCAAUGGGGCCAAAAAUUAUUUUGUAAAUUUCAACCAGGACACCACAUCUCUAGCAGUUGGAGGCAAGUCCGGCUACAAAUUAUUCUCCCUAGCCUCGGUCGACAAUCUGGAACAAAUCUACAGCAAUGCGACCGAAGAUUCCUGCAUUGUCGAGAGGCUUUUUAGCAGCAGUUUGGUGGCCGUCGUCUCCCUGGCCGCCCCACGAAAGCUGAAAGUUUGCCAUUUCAAAAAAGGGACAGAAAUCUGUAAUUAUUCUUAUUCGAAUACUAUACUUGGAGUUAAACUUAACAGAGCUCGUCUAGUUGUUUGCCUAGAAGAAAGCCUCUACAUUCACAACAUCAGAGACAUGAGAGUUUUGCACACAAUCCGAGACACUCCCGCUAAUCCUACAGGCUUGUGCGCUUUGAGCUCAAACAGCGAAAAUUGUUACUUGGGCUAUCCAGGUUCCUCGUCAGUAGGGGAAGUACAAAUCUUUGAUGCCAUGAACCUGAAUGCAAAAAUAAUGAUUCACGCACACGAUAGUCCUUUGGCCGCUUUGGCUUUUAGCCCAAAUGGUUUAAGGGUUGCAACUGCCUCAGAAAAGGGCACAGUAAUAAGGGUUUUUUCAGUUACUGAUGGUACCAAGCUUUUUGAGUUUCGUAGAGGCGUUAAACGUUGCGUUUCCAUAAGUUGUUUGUCUUUUAGCAUGUGCGGGCAAUUUUUGUCUUGCAGUAGCAAUACUGAAACUAUACACGUUUUUAAGCUAGAGGAACCAAAAGAUAGUCCUAGAAAAAGUGUAGACGAAAGUGGCUGGAUGGGAUAUUUGUCCACAUAUUUGCCUACACAAGUUACAGACGUAUUUACUCAAGGCAGGGCCUUUGCUUCUGCCUAUUUGCCUUUUGCCGGAGUCAAAAAUGUCAUAUCUAUAGUCUUCAUUCAAGAUGGUUUGAGGUUAUUAGUAGCAACCGAAGACGGGGUUUUGUACAUAUAUAAUUUUGAUUCGAAUGAAGGAGGAGAUUUGCAAUUGUACAAAAAGUUCCAGCUGGAAGAUUUAGGCUCUAAUCACACUGACGGUGAAACCAAAACUGAUAAAGAUUCGCCUUCAAGCGAAGCACCAGGGGCAGGCCUUCUAGGUAGCUACGCUGGCAUCGUGAAGGGGAACCCCUCGGGCCGAAUGUCAGAAUCCGACAAACUGCGAGAGAUGGCGCAAGCUACCGAAGUACCACCAAAGGACGCUUUCCAGUUCGCUGACGACCAAGAGUAUCCGCCGCUGACCCAAACCAGUGACGUCGAUUAGGGAGUGGAUUGUUUAAAUCAAUUUUUUCUGGUUCUUAGGGGCAUUUUAGUUUAAUUUUGUUUUAAUAUGUAUAACAUAUCUAUGAAAAUAAUUUAAAUAAACUUCAAUUUUGGUAAUUGAGGUUAUCAAGUACCCAAAAUUUAAGUGCCAAAUCUACUUGGCACUUUAAAUUUUCUAUUUUUAUAUCUUGUUUUCUUUGUAACAUUAUUUGAUGUUAAUAUUAAAUGGAUUGUGUCAAUAUUUUUGAGGCUUUUAAGUACUUCUUAGUGAAGCUUUUGUACAUAUUGAAAAAGUUGUACGAUUAUUUUAAAAAAGCGCUCUGUUUUGUAUAUUACGCAUAAUUUUGUAACGAUUAAAAUUAAUCCAGAAGGAAAGGAUGUUGCGUUUUAAUACAUGAAAAUAAUAAAAGGAAAGUUUAAAAAUUUAUUCACUCCACCAUGCGAUAACAUAAUAAUAAUUAUAAGUUAAAUUAAAUUGCCUUAUAUCUACACUAAUUGCAAUAAUUAAUUAUUAUUAGGUAUUAUUUACAAUAAUAACUGAUUGAACUGAUCAAACUGAAAAACCUCAGCGUUAGUUGUGCAUCUACAUAAACUCAAAAAAAAUCGUACAUAAACUAGCUCCGAAAUCAAUAAUAAUUGUCUAGACUUAUGUCCGAGCCCUGGGCAAAUUGCACAUGGCACAAUUUUGGACUUCGGCAUCGUUGAUAAACGUGCAAAAAGAACAAGUCCAAAUCGGCCCCCCACGGGGCGUCGUUGAACUUCCUACAGUACCACCUGCUACACUUCCU